CCAAAUUCCAAACGGAAACAACAAAAGUGGGGUUUAUAAAAAUGGAAAUAAGAAAGUUGCUUGAAAAAUCCAAACUUGGAAAACCUCUGUUUUUGUACUGACUCACCGAGUCACCAACUCGUUAUGAGGCCAAGUUGAUGUCUUUUUUUCUUUGGUGGGUUUUUUUAUAAGCCUUCAAAAAGUAAAAACCAUUGUUUUAGUCAAAAAAAGCUGAGAAAGUUGCAAAAUGCAAAGGGUAUCGCUAGUGAUGGUGAAGUAGAUCUGAAAAAUGAGUUAACUAGAGUUCAAAGCUUUCAACUUUUAUUCAAAGGGUCAUCAUCAAAUGUUUUAAGGUUUUGGUUUUUUUUUUUCACCGUCGGAAAAUGCCUUGUCCUUCAUUCCACAAGCUUGUUCUACCCUCCACUCUCCAAGCUAAGCAACUGAGGCUUCCAGAUGAUUUUGUGAGGAAAUACGGGGGCGAUAUUUCUCCGAUUGUUACUCUCACGGUUCCUGACGGAAGUGUGUGGCGUGUAGGAUUGAAAAAGGAAGACAAGAAAUUUUGGUUUCUCAAUGGCUGGCAUGAGUUUGUUCAAAACUAUUCCGUCGGGGUUGGAUACUUGUUGCUAUUCAGAUACGAAGGAAAGUCGUCUUUCAAUGUUAAUAUUUUUUGUUUGGCUACUUCUGAGAUUAACUAUCAAUCACCUGCACAAAGCAGGAACGAAGGGUCUCUUGUUGCAAAGCGUCUUAAAAUUUUCGAAGAAAUGGAAGAUGAAGAUUCAAUUGAAAUCCUCAAUUUGUCUCCGAGGAACCUUACUCCUAGCCCAUUUCAAAACAAAAAUGUUUCUGGAGCAGCUGAUAAAUUCACGCCUGGCAAGUCUCGUUCGCCUCCAGCGCUGCAGAAUCUGUUUAAUGGAUCUAAACUUAAUAGCAUAAACUGGGGAGAAAGUGGGAAUACUCCUUCCUCUAGAAGUUCCAAUUCAAUAGACAGCCACUUGACCCGAGAUAUAGGUCUCCAGUUUAACGUAGUCGAGUUUAAAAAGUCUACUGAAGAGGUGAAGUUGCGUGCGGCCACUGAUGAAAAGGUUAAAAAAACUGCGACAAAGAAGCGGAAGUCAGAUGUUCACGAACCUCCUUGUGAACACGAAGAUGAGGUAGAAAUGCGCAAUAGGUUUUAUGAAAGUGCAUCUGCAAGGAAAAGAACUGCGACAGCUGAAGAAAGAGAAAAGGCUAUCAAUGCAGCAAAAGCAUUUGAACCAUCUAAUCCUUUCUGUCGAGUCGUCCUGCGACCCUCCUAUUUAUAUAGGGGAUGCAUAAUGUAUCUACCAUCUUGCUUCGCAGAGAAGAAUUUGAACGGCGUUUCCGGAAUUAUCAAACUUCAAAUCUCUGACGGGAGACAGUGGCCGGUUCGUUGUCUUUAUAAAAGCGGUAGAGCUAAGUUAAGCCAAGGAUGGUUUGAAUUUUCGUUAGAGAACAAUUUAGGAGAAGGCGAUGUGUGCGUGUUUGAGCUGGUUGAAACGAAGGAUGUCGUGCUGCAAGUUACUCUUUUUCGUAUUACCGAGGAUGAAGGACUGUUGAGCCCGCCGCCGUCUUUGCAACAGAACCAACAUGUGAGCCCUGCGAAACUGUUAAUGAACAGUCCCUUUCAGAAUCAGCUCGCUCCAACUAAACUGAUUAGAAACUAACUUUGAUCAUGAUAUGCCGUAGCUUAACUGUAUAUUAGAAUCUCCUGUUUGUUUGUGUGUGCAAUCGAUCAGCUUGUCAUCUAAUUUCAGCAUGCUUUUGAUGUCCACAUUUCGGGAUGAUGACUUCGGUGUAACAUAGUUUUUAGCUUGCUGCUGUAUGUUUUACUUGGUUUGUAAAUAGAAUGUUCAAGCUAGCUUAUAUCAGAAACUGAGUUGUGCUUAU